AUCAUGUCCAUUGGCGUACCAAUCAAAGUGCUGCACGAGGCGGAAGGCCAUGUGGUGACCUGCGAGACCAUCACCGGGGAGGUGUACCGUGGUAAGCUGAUCGAAGCCGAGGACAACAUGAACUGCCAAAUGACGCAGAUCACCGUAACCUACCGGGAUGGACGCGUCGGUAACCUGGAGAAUGUGUACAUCCGCGGUUCGAAAAUCCGGUUCCUGAUCCUGCCCGACAUGUUAAAGAAUGCACCCAUGUUCAAGAAGCAGGGUGCCAAGACAGGGACGGCUGGGCGAGGCAAAUCAGCUAUACUGCGAGCACAGGCUGCUCGGGGCAGAGGUCGUGGAGCCGGCGGCGGUGGAGGUGGGGGUAGAGGCGGCAACAAAGGAGGAUGGCAAGGACAAGGACAGCAAUCUUCCGGCCGUGGACGCGGAGGAUUGUAG